AUGUUGUCGAAUAUGCCACGCCUCUCCCCCGUUUCCUCCAAACCCAUCCUGAAAUCUGCCUUCCAACAGGUCCCGAAAGUCGUAUGUUCGAUGGGACCUUGCAGAUAUCUAACUGCGACAACACCCGCAGAGAAGAAUGUAACCCUGCUCCAGGAUAAGAAGAAUGGAUUCGGGUUCGCACGGUCCAACCCUAGGCCGCCAAAGCCGAGGAGCAAGGGUGUCACCGAGAUCAGGGGCCCGUACUACACGGUGAUGGGCAAGAGAUACCUGGCCGAUGUGCUUGAAACAAUGGGGACUCACGUGGAUGGUCUCAAGUUUGCGGGAGGCUCUUUUUCACUGUUUCAGGAGAAGCCCUUGAGGGAGCUGAUUGAUCUGGCUCAUGAGCAUGGCGUUUAUGUUUCGACGGGUGGAUGGGCCGAGCACCUCCUCACUCAUCCAGAUACAAAUGCCGUCUUUGACAAAUACCUCCAGAAGUGCAGGGACCUAGGCUUUGACGUAAUCGAGCUCUCAUCCGGCUUCCUAUCACUCCCCGAAGACGACUGGCUGCGCCUCGUCGACAAAGUCCACGCAUACAAGUUAAAAGCGAAGCCCGAGCUGGGUAUUCAAUUCGGCGCAGGCGGCGACACCCCGGCCGCCGGCCUAGAGGCGAUCGGCACCUCGGAUCCUGGAAAGCUGUCCUGGCGCACGGAUGUGGUGUCCACGAUCAUGAAGGAAUUGCCGUCGGAGCGCGUAAUGUUUGAGGCUGCAGAUCCAAAGGUCUACAAUUGGUAUAUACGGGAGUUUGGUAUUGAUGUCAACCUUUUUGUCGACCAUAGUCAGAUUGUGCAGCUGUCGUGCUUGCGACAUGGUAUCUGGGGCACGGCUGAUACAUGGGGGAAGAUUGUCUCUUUCCGCCCUGAGGUGACUAGCCGUGAUUAUCGAUCGCCUGGCGACCCUCAUCACGAUCGAAUAUCAAAUAACCACCGGACCCCGCGACUUGGCACUUCGGCAUUUACUCUAUUCGCGGCAACUUCGCUCGGCCGGUGCCCCAUUUGUGUCAUGCCGAAGGUCACCGCGCCUCCGGGUGGCCGGCUACGAUGCCGACGAGCGUGCGAUAGCUGUAAGCGGAGGAAGCAGAAAUGCAAUGGAGAGCAACCAUGCACAAUCUGUGUUCAACGCCACAAAGAAUCAGAAUGCCAUUUUUCGGACAAGCCGGCCCGCUUGCUGAAGCCCAGCGAGAGCUCGAAAGAUACAAUGUUGCUCAGCGAACGCCUUGUGCCUACUCCGCAAAGACAAACCGCCAUGGACCGACUGCUGAACUCCCUCGAAGAUCGUAGCGCAAAUCUAGAACAACAGGUGGUGGAUGAUAAAGACGGGACGGCUCCGGUUCCGAAGGUGGCCAGGCUUCUUCGCGAUGGACAAGGUAAAUUUAUGUAUAUUGGCGACUCCGCGAGUUUGUCCUUUCUCCAAAGUGUCCGUCGCAUAGUAUCCUCGUCAAUUGGCCGUUGCGAAUUCACGGAAGAUAAUUCACGCCAUUCAAUGCUUGAGGCUUUUCAAAGUAGCUCCACUACACAGACAGGACCAUUGAUACCGCCCCCAAGCAAUGAAGAAGCUCAACAAUUGGCUCGCCAAUAUGUUCUUGCAACUAGUCCCCUAUUGAAUCUCUUUGACCUUGAGGAAUUCCAUCCGCGACUGGCCAAUUGGAUUGAGAACCCAACGGGCGACGAAGACACCGUGAGCUCAAUAUUUUAUCUAGUGCUCGCCAUUGGGGCCCAAGUAUCGGAUACCAACCACACCCUGGCGGAGAAAUACUUUAUCAGUGGGCGUCAGCUGGCAUUUUCGGCUUUUACGGAGACCCCCAGCAUCUCCACUAUACAGUCAUAUGUCCUCAUUUCAAUGUAUAUGCUGGGUGCUUGCCGUCGCAACGGCGCUUUCAUGAAUCUGGGAAUUGCUCUUCGUGCCGCGUAUGCGGUCGGCAUCCACAGGAAAGAUGCGAACACGCUCUUCUGCACGCGAGAGCGGCGUGCCCGGGAACGUGUGUGGAAAAGCCUGCGCAUGAUGGAUCUCUUCCUCAGCGCCUCUCUGGGUCGCCCUCCAGCCACGACGGACUUUGACUACGACCCACACGAUGGCAACACGCCAGGGGCACAACAGCGCCUGCAGCCGGAAGAGCAACUUUCCCUGACGGUUGUUUCGCUAUGUCGUAUUUUCGAGCGGAUCCUGACGGAAGUUUACAUGAGGCAGGUGGUGUCGAUUAGUGUUGCGGACAGCAUCUCGAAUCAACAUCGCGCGUGGGUCCGAAACCUGCCAACCUUCCUACGAAUGCAGACAGAACGACUUGAUGCUGCCAAAACUCUCGAGGACACCUUGGCUGCAGCCCAUAUAUUCGGCUCGUAUUACUGGUCGAUUAUUCUGUUGACCCGGCCAUUCCUGGUCUUCCGAGUCUCUCAGUAUGUGAAAAAUAAAAGCGAGUCGUCAGGACUUUCCGAGAGUAAAGUCAACAACUCGCGACUCUCGCUUUUUGCCGAUGCAUGCGUUUAUUCCGCAUUGCGCAGUCUCAACGUCGUUGACGAUCUCUCUCUCUACUCGUCCCUUCCGCGAAGGCUUCCAUUCUUAAUCAAUUCCGUUUUCAACUCGGCUGUUGUCUUAGGGGCCGCAUUCUUUGCUGACUAUGACAAUCUGCUCCCACUGGAAGAGGGCUUGAACAAGGCCGAAAAGUUCCUUGGUUUGUUCGUUCCGCAUGAUCCUCAUGCCUGCCGCUUUUUCCAAAUCAUCAAAUACCUCCGAGGUGCAGUUGGUGAAUACGUCCGCCGCCGGAAUCGUCAAUGGAUGGAACGUCGUAGCAAACAAGUCGACCAGCUUUUUGGCGAAGUAGGCCCGUCCAACGAAGCUUCAAGCACUAGUAGUAACCACCACACCAUUUCAACCAACCGCGGGGAUCAAGCAACAGUCCCGUCUCCUCUAUCCCCAGACAAAUUUGCCGACGGGCCCCUCCCCUCCCAAUCUAUAGACCAAACAACUGCUACAUCCCACCCUGAUGACGGUAUCUGGGAUGCCUUAUGUGCCACUGAAGGACCCUUCCCAUACGACACAGCCAUUUCCACUUUGACGACGACAGGCAUUCCCAUCGGUUGCUCACCAGGAGGUACAAUCCCUACUGGCCCACAUGGAAUGCCGGACAACGAAGGCCAAACACCUCUCUCUGAUAUGAUCCUUUCAGAUAAUGGACUCCUCUAUAUGGCGGAGGAUCUUCCUGUGUUCGGGCUUUGGGGAGAGACUUGA